AUGCCGUUCUCUUACCCCGUAGUGGUCCCUCCUCCUGGGCCCAAGAUGAGCAAGAAGACCGCUAAGUUCUUCGCGGGACCGCCGCCUCCCCCCGCACCAGGGAACGUUACCUCUCCAUUCCCGCUUGGCGCCAAGUCCGGUAAAUACUCAUGUCGUCUCCGUGACAAGGAUGGCACGAAGUGCCGGUUCCGCUUCAGCACAUAUUCAGCCCGCAAGAACCAUGAACAUAUACACCCCGAUGUCCGAGGCAACCGCCGCAGUAAAGCCAGGGAUUACUCCGACAGCGACAUGGGCAGCGUAGCUUCCUGGAAUGAUAGUGACUCCGAGAUCAGCGAUUCCGAUCUAGACUAUUCCGACCGCAUUGACAAAAUCUUCUCCUACCGGCCUUUCCUCCGCCGCAAAGCCGACUUCCGGGACGGCACCGUGAGGCUUGAGCCCUUUGGCCGCAACGUCUACGUCACCACCCAUCCGGCUACAGUCGUGGACUUCAAGAAGUUCCUCCCAUUCCUCAAGCACGCGAACCUUGACUGCUGGUACAUCUACCCAACCGCCCACUGGUUCAAGCGGGCGAGUGUGCUGGAAGAGGCAGGUUGCGAAAUCACAUCCCUGGUCCCGGCUGAUCGCGCCACCCCGGCUGCACUCGACUUCCCCACCAUCGUUGUGACCGCGGCAUUGACGUCGGGUCUCGAGGACGAGAUCGGCGAGUGCGAUGUCGAUCCCGACACCAGCGAGUGCGAUAUGCGUGCUCACCGGACCCUGCCGCCGCACAAGAGUCUCACGUCUGCCAAGAACGAGUUAGCGUACUACUCCAUUGUAUCGACAUUCGAGGACAAGAUCGACCCGUAUGGAGGCUCGCCGUUGAUGGUGCAACUGUCGAGGGAUACGACGAUAUUCAAGGUGAUGAAGAUGGGCAGUCGGGAGGCAGCUGCGUCGCAGGCGUUCUGGAACGCCGGCGCCAAGGGAUGGAGCACGGUGUUCACAUGUGCCGUCAGGGAAGAUGCCGAGCUGGUCAAGAUUAAGGAUUAUGAGUUUGUCAGGGUGGAGCAGUGCUCGGAAGCUGUUGGGUUGGGUGGGUCAAAACAGGGGCAGAAGGAGAGAGUGUUUUAUUGA